CUCGCUAUGGUUGUCCGUUCGUCCGUUCAGGCCCCGUGCCAUGGUUGAGUGUUUGUUAGAGGUCUUUCUAUAUGUUUGUUUGUCCAAAAUGUUUCUUUUUCAAUCACAAAUUUACAUUAUACUCUUCUUAAAAUGAAGACGACCUCUCGGGGAAUCAAGCCUAGUUUAUAAGAAAAUGGCACGUAAUAUACGACGCCAUACGAAAAAGAAGUAUCCCGCAGGGCCAAAAAACACAACUGAAAUUAAGCAGGCAUACGAUGAUGAUGCAACAAUGCAGGAAUUUGGUCUCAACCUACGGAGGACUAACUACUUCUACGUCGAUACAGUCGGAAUCGAAGGAUGUGAGUUCACCGUGUUUGCAUCUUACGACAUGAUGGGCAUGGUGAACGAACAUAUUCCACCCGAAGGACGCAGAUACAUGCUAGAUGGCACCUUUGAUGUCGUACCGAUUCGCUACUUCUAUCAGUUGCUUGUGAUUGCAAUUGAAUACAAAAAUGAUAAUGAAACAAGCUCACUGUCUGUUGCGCAUUUGCUCAAUCGAACAUCGUCACCGUUGGAGUCGUUAAACUCCAUUCUGAACCGUUCAAUUGCCAAAAGGACGCAUUUUUUCCGAUUUGUUGCACGCUUGAAAUUUUUUGAAAGCAAAAAAUCCAACGAUAUGUCAAUUGCGGUGAACAGCAGUUUACCACAAUCAA